UCCCAAUAGACCGAUAAUUGUUCGCUUCCGAUGCCCUCCCUGGAGCCCGUCAGGAGAGAGCGAUGGCUUCCGCCGUCGUGCUACUUUGGUUGAUCACUGGUUUCGCCACCUUCUUCUUCAUCGGCCCUGAUUUCGUCGGGGGCCAUCGCCACCAUCUUUCCAUCUCCAUACCCACGUCUUCUCCUGCGACUUCCUCCUCCUUCUCGCCGCAGGCCGUUGCGUGGGACAAGGCCCACCGCCGCUUCAUCGUUGGCGGCGCCUCUCCAUCUCACCCUUCACUCUUCACCAUCUCCGAUACCGGCAACCUUGAACCCCUCAUCCCGACCCUCAAUGAGUUCCCCACGAAUUCUGCCAUCAUGGCCCUUGCUGUUGACCCCUACACCAGCCGCCUCAUUGCCGUUGUCAGCCCAUCUCUUAGCCGCGUCUCCUCUGUGCUCGGCGUCUAUGAUCUCCGCACCCUGCACCGACUUUCUCUCACCCCGCUUCCCGGUGCUGCCGCGUCUGCUGCUGCCGAUUUCUACGGCAAUGCCUUCAUCACCGACCCUGUUGCCAACCUGGUCUACAAGAGCAACCCCGAUGGCAUCCUAUCGGUGUUAUCUUCAUCACAGAUCCUUCGACUGACAGAAGCGGAAUCGCAGUCCGUCAGGCAGGGGCUCACGGGGAUAGUCUUCGUAAGCAACGGGUUUCUCUUGGUGGCACAGAAGGAUUCGGGAAGAAUUUUCCGAAUCGAUGCUGAAGAUGGUGUGACGAAAUCAGUGCUGACCUCUGGCGGGAACGUGACUGGUGCCAUUGGCUCUGUCCGCCGUUCGGACGGUAACCUUGUGGUGGUGGGGGAGAGGAUAGCUUGGUUGCUGAAGGGAAGAGAUAAUUGGGCAGAGGCCACCAUCAUUGAUGAGCUGGAGUGGGAGCAUAAUUUAACAGCUAUUGAUGUUACAGUGAAGGAGGGAGAGAAGGUCUAUGUCUUGUUCAGGACGGUGAAUGGUGGUGAUGGAGCUGCUGAGGAACAGUGCUUCUUAAAAGAGAUUGAAUUCCCAAAGGAGGCAGAGGGAGAUCACGUUUGGGCCUUUGUGUUGCUUGGUAUAGGCCUUGGCUACGUCAUCUUUUGGAGGUUGCAGAUGGGAUCCUUGAUGAAGAGCAUGAACAAGAAGACUAACUGAAUCUGGGUUCUUUUACUUUAGGUUUGAGAUUUUUCCUUUUCCUAUUUGUUGUUUAUUUGGAUAAAACCUCAUUCGACUUCUAUUCUAUUUCUUGGUACCGACUUGGAGGAGUUCUCGUUGCGUGAUAUAAGUAAUUGUGGUUCGAUUCCAAGUAUAUCAACAGUGUAUAUAUCCAUGUAUUGCCUUUAGAGCAAACACACACUCAAAGAAGAGCACAGAGUGAGAACCACAAAGAAGAUCAAGCUUGUCACUUUCUCCUGUUCUGUUCUCCCGCAGUUUUAUAUAUUGAUGUUGUAGUUACUUUCUUAA